UCACCAGUGUUGUUGGAAAAUGGCUUUCCGCUGUUAGUGAGGGCUAUCGACCACGAUAGUGGCAUCAACGGACUUAUCAGCUAUCGGCUUCUGUCACCAUCAGAUCCGUAUUUUACAGUCGAUUACGUAUCAGGCGCCAUUUUGACGAAAUCAGAAAUUGAUUAUGAGAAGGUAAAGCAGUGGUCAUUUUACGUCCAGGCCAGUGAUUUUGGCUCUUCUACUCUAACGAGCGCUCUGCCGGCGCUAGUCCAUGUGACAGUUCGAGAUGUGAACGACGUGCCGCCAAAAUUCGUGAGCAAAAAUUACACUGCAAAUCUCCUUCUUCCCACUCUCAAAGGUUCAUUUCAAUAA